AUGGACGUUUCUUCGGCUGCUACAACCGCAGCACAACCGGUAAAUGCAACAGGACCCACUCCAGGGAUCCUCAUCAACAAUAAUCAGUCAUCGGUUUCCUCGCAACAUGGAGGGAUGACGGCGAAUGCGUCCAAUAUGGCUAAGCUUAGACGUGAGUCUAUUGCGCAUUCCCAGGGAAUGGGUGGAGUUUCAUGGGGGUCGUUGACAAUAGGAUCGUGGCUUCGCGAUGAGGUUAUGAUCCACACGCACAUGUCCCAAGCUCACUCAAACAACGGCGGGCUAAUUCAAAACAAUAAUGGCCAAAAUGUACCCGCCACCGUGAACCUAGCAGCCGGAAACUCGUUUUCGCCACCUGGCGCGUCUUCGGCGUAUUUACCUAACUUGGAGAAACAGUACUGUAAGGACUACUCAUGCUGUGGUCUUCUUCUACCGGGGCUUCACGACCUUCUUAGACACUACGAAGAGGCGCAUAUUUCAACGUCCCCAGGAACAAUUAACACACAUGCAUCGACAAUGGCCAAUAUCCCAGUAAGCACCGGUGCUGGUGCCUCUGGUGGGAUUCCUGGGAUGUCAAAUGCUGCUGGAUCCGGUUUUACUGGUCCUAGCGUGGGACAUGCGGCCAACAACAAUGCUUUGAAAAAGCAGAGAAUGGCCGCGAUAUACCAGCAGCAACUACAGCAUGAUCAGCAACAGCGCCAGCACCACAACCAGCCUGGCCUUCAGCAACGACAGCAACAACAAUCACAACAACACCUUCAACAGAACCACCAAUCUUCCCAGCAUAGGUCACUCAACGCCCAGCAAGAACUUCAGCAUCAGGCAAACCCGCAUUUACAGCAUCCCCUCACUGACCACCAACAGCAUCAGAACGCUCAAUUCCAGCAGUCCCCGAAACUGUCCCAGCCGCAUAAUGACAACGGCCAUCUGCAACAGCAGAUGCAAAAUCAAAUGUUUCAUCAGGCCAUGCAGCAGCAGCUACAUGGUGUACCACACAAUGCGGGCGCCAAUACGACCAGUAGUGUUCAACAACUUCAUCUCAAUGGGAACUUGGUAGACGCGGUUUCAACCAACGAAGUCUUCCUCCAAACAGGCGCGGGGCAAUCGGGUAAAAGGGGCCAAAUGGUUAACCAGGCCGUCAGCAACGGCAGCUUCAAUAACCAUAAUAAAAUGCAACCCGGAUUCAACAACUACUCAUUAAACAUGCAACCGCUUGGAAAGCAAGGCAUGGACUCCUCGACAAUGCAGCAGUUUCAACAAGGUCAACACCAGCAAGGGGGCCUUCAACAGCAACAGCACUUUCAACAACAGCGAAAGAAUGCGCAGAUCCAGCAGCAACAGCACCAUCACCAGCAGCAAAUACAACAGCAGCAACAUCAACAACGCUUGAUGGGCAAUGCUUCAAACUCGGCUCUUAACAGAAACCAAUUCACAUCUCAAGUUGGCACCGCAGGCGCCGGAAUCGAUCUUGAUUUUAUGGACGCAGAUAUGAUCGACGAUCUUCACGACGGAAAUGCGAUAGUUGGAGGUGCUCCCGUGAUGACCCCAGAGAUGGCUAAAGCCUGGAAACAAAUGGAGGCAGGCCAAACAACUAAAAUGUCGUCUCACCGGCCGAAGGUAGGAAAUGGCCACGAUUCAGAUAGUAGUCUGAGCGAAGACGAUGAGGAAGACGAGGUGGUGGCCACAACAGUUCCAGCAACGGCAGUUAACAAGCGCAAACAACAGCCGGGCUUUAUAGAUGAUCCUGCGCGUCGGUUGUACGUGAUGGAUCAUGAGGAACACAAACCUUUCAAAUGUCCCGUUAUUGGUUGUGACAAGACGUACAAGAAUCAGAACGGGCUGAAAUAUCACAAGCUGCACGGUCAUCAGAAUCAGAAAUUGCACGAGAAUCCAGAUGGCACUUUCAGCAUCAUAGACCCGGAGAGCAACGAGCCCUAUCCUGACGGGAUGGGCUUUGAAAAGGACAAACCGUAUCGCUGUGAGGUAUGCGGCAAGAGAUACAAGAACUUAAACGGACUGAAAUACCACAGAGGGCAUUCUACGCAUUGA